AUGCAGCAUUUCCCUCAUCCUUUCGAUCCUGCGAGAGACGACAACGGCUCCCCGGGUCAGCCGCCAGAAGGUAACGGGUGCAACCCAACUAAUCCUGGCACGCCUGGGCCUGCAUUUGGCGUCAUCAAUGCCAUGAUUGUAGGAGACUCGAUUACGCAAGGGUUUGAGGGCGACUAUACCUGGAGGUUCCGCCUCGCGGAGUGGUUCACGUCGGAGAGUAUUACUCCGAACUUUGUUGGUCCUUGGACCGGAACACAUACCAAUGCCGAGCCGAGCGACCCGAAACCUCCUCGUCUGAUCGGGACUGGGCCAGUACCGCCAGACGAGCGCCGAACAGGUGGAGCAUACGCCAACGGUGUCUCCUUUAAAAGCAAUCAUUGGGCUUUGUGGGGCCGCCAAGCUGCUCAGGUUAAGAACGAGAUUCGCAGUCAGGUCUCAACCCAUUCGCCAGAUUGGUUGCUUGUCAUGCUUGGAUUCAACGAUCUUGGCUGGUGGGUGGGUGGGCCUGAUGACACCUUGGCCAGUGUGAAGGCCAUCGUUGAUGAAGCGCGUGCCGCAAAGUCUAACGUCCGCAUCUUGAUUGCUAACGUCAUCCAUCGAACGUUCAUCGAAGGCCGUAACGAUCUUGAGAGGAUGAUGUGCUCCAGCCCGGGAUCGCAUUCUUCAGCAUGUGAUGGACUGCAUCCGGGGCCAAAGGGAGAAUACCAGAUCGCUCACGCCUCCAGCAAGACUCUCGUUGAGAUGGGUGCGGGUAAAUCAGCACUAUCCGUUCCAGGCAGCUUCCCGGCAUCCAAGGUCCCCACGGUUCCUAACAAUGUUCGAGUAUCACAGGCUCCUUGGGGUCUAAAAAUCACCUGGGACAAAGUGUGGGGUGCAAAUGCAUAUGAGGUCCGCUCGCGUCAGAAGGGCAUUAGCCAGUGGUCAUACUGGCCAUCCGGCAUCGCCUGGCCCGUGAACCGCUGGGACAACAGCUGGGUCCUUGAAGGGCAAGAAUGGGAAUACUCGGUACGGACGAAUAUGGGAACUGGCCGGACGUCUGAAUGGUCAGGCACUGCUACUGCUGUUGCAAGGCCAACGAAUCCCAAGGGACCCAACAAUGUCUGGGUUGAACCUCGAGGAAACUCUAUUUCUUUGCGAUGGGGCGCUGUGCCUGGAGCUAUCUCCUACGAGGUUAUCACCUUUGAUAACGAUGCGACAGGGACGACAUUCCCCAACGGCCGCGGUGUCCAAGGAACCAGCGUAACCGUCAGCGAUGGCUUAAUAGUCGGUCACAGAAAUGCCAUUGCCAUUGUCACAUGGGCAUCCUCCGGCCCCGGAUGGCCCACUAUUGGCAUGUCGGUGCGCGUCGGCGCAGGCCAGCCCGCGACGAUUCAAGGCCUUCGCGUCAGCAACACUGACCCAACUACGGUUCUCCUCAGCUGGCCUUACACUACAAACUUUGCCAGCUAUCGUGUGUGGUUCCGUAAUCACAAGACGAACGAGGCCUUCCGGACAGAUGGGUACUCCACUGCCACGGAUAACUCGCAUACCGUUGCCUUUUUGUUCCCUGGCACGUGGAAUUAUGAGUUCUAUGUCGUGGCCAUGAAUGGAAAUAUUGAGGGCGGUCGUUCAAAUACCGUUAUACCGCCGGUAUAUCCGGGUUUCCAGGGGUCGGGCGGGUAA